AUGUUCCACCGUCGUCGCAAUCCCACUGUUACUCGCACCAGUAAGCCGACCCUCAUGACCCGUCUCAAGGGCCGCAAUGCGAGAUCGCGCACUGUCAAGACUACCACCACUACCCACCCCAAUGGCACACAUGCUACUCAUGGCACACAUGCUACCCACGGCACACAUGCCACCCAUGGUCACCAUGGUCACCACGGUCACGGAUAUGGAGCAACAACCACCCGCACCGCACCAGCCCACCACCACCGUCGCAAGACAAGCCUGGGUGACAAGUUCUCGGGUGCCAUGAUGAAGCUGAAGGGGUCGUUAACACACCGUCCCGGUGUCAAGGCUGCUGGAACCCGCCGCAUGCAUGGCACUGAUGGCCGUGGAAGCCACACCCACCGUGUUUACUAA